AUGAUUUUUAAACUUUUAUUACAAUUUCAUUCAAAUAAGAUAUUCAACUCAUCAGCAGAGAUUGGAUUUGACAUGAAGAGCGGGAUAGCAGCCAUGAUAGCAGGUUCUGGAAUAAGCGUAGUCCCAGAAAAUCUAUUGAGAGCAGUGGACAACUUGAAAUCAAUAAUCUCAAACUCAUCACCACCAAAAUUUCAGGCACUAAUGAAUUUGAGCCCGGACUCUUGAUUAAAGACAGGAUGACUUUAA